AUGUGGCUGGUGGCGUGGGUAGUGAAGAUUAUCCAGGGAGUGCCAUACGUCCUGGACCUGGUAGUGGAGCCGAAGUUCCUGGUAGUGGACAGUAUCCUGGCAGAGCUGGGGUUCCUGGCAGCGGACAGUAUCCUGGUGGAGCAGGAGUUCCUGGUAGUGGACAGGGGUCCUGGUAGUGGACAGUUCCCUAGUGGUGCUGGAGUUCCUGGUAGCGGACAGUAUCCUGGUGGAGCUGGAAUUCCUGGUAGCGGACAGUAUCCUGGUGGAGCAGGAGGUCCUGGUAGUGGACAGUAUCCUAGUGGAGCUGGAGUUCCUGGCAGCGGACAGUAUCCUAGUGGUGCUGGAGUUCCUGGCAGCGGACAGUAUCCUGGUGGGGCAGGAGGUCUUGGCAGUGGACAGUUCCCUAUUGGAGGUGGAGUUCAUGGUAGCGGACAGUAUCCUGGCGGAGCUGGAGUUCCUGGCAGCGGACAGUAUCCUGGUGGGGCAGGAGGUCUUGGCAGUGGACAGUUCCCUAGUGGAGGUGGAGUUCCUGGUAGCGGACAGUAUCCUGGCGGAGCUGGAGUUCCUGGCAGCGGACAGUAUCCUGGUGGAGUUACAGGUAGUGGACAGCUUCCAGUAACAGGGCAAUACCCAGGGGCAUCAGUAACUGGUGGAACUGGUUAUCCUGGCGGAUCUGGUACCGGUAUUGGUCAAUAUCCUGGAGGUACGGGCAUGGGUGUUGGACAGUAUCCAACAGGAACUGGAACAGGAGCCGGCCAAGUAUUUUAUCCGGGAGGUGCUGGAACUGCCCAGUAUCCCAGUGGCUCCGGAGUAGGAAGUGGCCACUAUCCUGGAGGCGCUGGAGUGGGACAAGGCCAAUACCCAACCGGAAGUGGAGGAGGAGCAGGAAUGUAUCCUGUCGGUGGUCAACAACCAACAGGAGUCGGUGGUGCCCAAUAUCCAAGCGCUACAGGAGCUGGUCAGUAUCCAACAGGCGCUGGAGUGGGAACAGGACAGUUCCCCGGUGGAACAGGUCCGGCUGCAGGAGGACAUCCAAGUACUACCGGUGUUGGGCAGUAUCCUUCAGGAGCUGGAGCAGGAUACCAUCCUGCAGGGACUGGAACGGGACAGCAGGGAAUGGGACAACAUGGACAAUAUCCUGGCGCUGGUGGUGCAGGAACAGGCCAUUAUCCCUCUGGUACAGGCGUAGGGCAGUACCCAAGCCCGACUGGAACAGGAACAGGACAACAUUCCUGGACUGGUGCAGGAACUGGCCAAUAUCCUGGAGUAGGCGGAGAAGUGGGGACAGGGGUCGUACCGUAUCCUGGAGGACAGUACCCAAGUGGAACGGGAGGCGCAGUAGGAGGUCAGUAUCCUGGAACAGGCGUUGGAGCAGGACAGCAUGUUGCGGGACAGUAUCCUGGAGGAAGCGUUUCAGGUGGUGGUGGAGCAGGAAGUCAAUAUCCGGGCGGUGGAACGUCGCAAUAUCCAGGAGGCACUGGCGCCGGACAGUACCCUGUUGCUGGUGGACAGUAUCCCGGAUAUUACCCUAGCGGUACCGGCCAAUAUCCGGGCGGGCCCGGAGGCUAUCCCGGCGGAUCGACAGCCGUUAGUACAGGUGCAGGGGGUGCAGGGGGUGCCGGCGGCACAUCGUUAGAGCAGUAUCCAG